AUGUCCAGAAAGAAAAAGUAUCUGACUACUUUACCCGUGUCACGAAUUAAAAAAAUUAUGCAACUGGAUGACGAGAUUGGAAAAAUCUCGGUGGAUACACCCUUUCUCGUCGCUAAAGCAUUGGAGAGAUUUCUGACCGACCUUAUUGAGAAUGCCUGCAAUCUUGCAUCCACCAAUAAUCACAAAAGAAUUUAUCCUCGACACAUGAAAGAAAUAAUUUCAUCAACAGAAAUGUACGAGUUCUUGGUUCAUUUGGUCGAGAAAAUCCAAGGGGGUCCCUUCUCAGAAGAAGGAGCUGCUGACGCACCACCACCACCACCAACCCAAGAAAAGACUCCCAAAAAAAAACCAAUCGAAAAUAUCAGCAAGACACAUGUUGGAGGACCCAAAGUCGACGGUAUUGCUACUCAAGGGAAGCGGGGCAGACCAAGAAAAACUCUAUUUCCACCCGUCAAGAAGUCUUGGAUCAUCUACCCACGACCUCCACAGAAAUUGCCUUUGAUGAAACGGACUACGAUUAACGAUUAA